CCGGGCUGCUUGCUUUGCUUCGAGCCUUCAGCUCGCCGAGCGCACGGACUUCCGCUCUCUGAGCUUCAGCCCGUAUAUCGGCCGCAGGUCGUGCUGCUUCGGGCCGGACCGAGCCCGCACAACGACCCCUCCAAACCUCUACUCAGUCCUCCAUCGAUCUCAUCACCCCGACCCCCUUUUCUCCGGUCCCUCUGGCCGGCGAUUCCCUCCUUUCCGCUCUCCCUUCCCUUCUCACCCGGAGGUCAGGAACUCCGAUCUCGGCCGCCGGCCUUUGACUUCCAGCGAAUUUGUAUCUCCGGAAAUAUUGUAUUGUUUUCAUGGAAGUCGUUAUUGGAUUUUGAAAGUUAUUGCUAAAUACAAAGUAUCUUAAGGCAUCAAAGACAACGAAGAAAUGUUCUCGUUGUUCUAUGGACUCUGGAAAUAUCUCUUCAGCAAGACAGAGUAUCGUAUUCUUAUUCUUGGAAUUGACAAAGCUGGAAAAACUACUUUGCUAGAGAAGUUAAAGUCAUUGUAUUCAAACUCGGAAGGGCUCCCACCUGACCGGAUCGUUCCAACAGUUGGACUGAACAUUGGUCGUAUUGAAGCUUCAAAUGCAAAACUUGUCUUUUGGGACUUAGGAGGUCAGAUUGGUCUGCGAACAAUUUGGGAAAAAUAUUAUGAGGAGGCACAUGCUAUAAUCUAUGUCAUUGAUACUGCUUGUCCGUCGUUAUUUGAAGAUUCUAAAUCUGCAUUAGAAAAGGUACUUCGACAUGGGGAUUUACAAGGGGCACCACUUCUAAUACUAGCCAACAAGCAGGAUCUUCCUGGAGCUGUGUCUGCUGAAGAACUGGCCAGAUAUUUGGAUCUCAAAGAGUUGGAUGGAAGGCUAUGCAUGUUUGAAGCUGUAUCUGCAUAUGAUGGGAUGGGUAUUAAACUUGCCAUUGACUGGUUAGUGGAGGUCAUGGAAAGAAGUAAGCGCACUGAGUUGUUAAGAGUACGUGCAGGUGCAGCUGGGCAUCUUUAGCAACUCCCUUCCAAUCAACAAAGAAAAUGUCUGGCAACAUCCUUGCCCCAAUUUAUGUUAGAAAUCAUCCAAAGUGAAGCAUUUUCUGCAGAGAUAGUGCGUACUGAUCCAGAGAUGUAAUAUAUGCAAGCAGGCUACAUUCAGUUGGGUUCAUUUUAAAGUCCUGGUCGAUUACAUUAUAUUGUUCCUAUACAGUUUCCAAGUUACCUUGUGUAGCUUGAUGUUCUAGAUGGAGAGAUUAUUCUUGAACCAUUUUGCCAUGUGGCAUGUAUUUUGUUCGGCCUUGUUAAAUCUGACAGCAUAUUGGAUAGCAUCAAUACACAAUAAAGCCAGCCAAUACGAACGCAAAGAUAAGAUUUUUGAAGGAUGUGAAGUAUUCAGUUUUAAUGCAAGCUCUAUAUUCUGUAAA